AUGACUCCCACAGGCCUUGGUGUGGGCCUGAGCAGCCUUCUCCUCUGCUCGGGCACCGCAUCAGCCUUGGUAUGGAACACCUUUGACGGCCCAGGCUCCCCAGCCUGCCACAAUGUCUCCCGGGUCCACGACGCCACCUCCGUCGAGAAUAUGCAAUCCGUCGUCAAGUCAGCCAUCCAGUCCAAGUCCUUGGUCCGCGCCGCAGGAAAGGGCCACAUGUGGUACGAUACCCAAUGCAGCGACGACUCGACCAUCAUCAUCCAAACUGCCAAUGUGGCCGGCAUCUACGACUUCAGCCUUCCCGAGGGGGCCCCCCAUGGGUCCGUACUUGUUGACGCUGGAGUUACUUUCUUCCAGCUGGCCGAGUAUCUCCAUGAUAGGGGUGCCAGUGUUGGGUACACCCUCACAAACUGGAACAUCAGUUUCGGCGGGAGUGUGGCGAUGGGGGCUCACAGAAGCUCGAUUAGAGAAGACUCGAUGGUGGCGGCGGGUGUGUUGGCCAUGGAUAUCAUUGAUGGAAAGGGGGAGAUCAGAAAAGUAGAAAGGAAUGAAAGUGAUGAUGACUGGUUGGCUGCUUCGACCAGUCUGGGAUUGUUGGGAAUUAUUGCGAGGAUAAAACUCAAGAUCUAUCCUGACAGCAAGGUUUAUGCCAAGCAGAACACUUUCGACGAAAAGGAAGUUCUCGAGGGCGACAUCUACGGCAUGAUUGCCCCGUACGCAACAGCGAAUCUCUGGUGGUGGCCCUACAAGAGAAAGUUUCACCAGCGAUAUUACGAUGUUGUCCCCGCCAACUUCACCGAGCAGCAAGGCUUCCAAAACACCUUUUCUGUGACCGACCUUGAGGCGUUUGCUGCCAAGAAUCUGCUCAACAGCGGGAAGUACUUGCCCACAUCCAACAUGCUCAUGGAGGAGAUCUUUUUUGGGCAGUGGGAGAAGCCAAACUUUAGGGAGAAGACGACGAACAAAGCUAUUGACAAGUGGCCGGUUUAUGGUUGGAACUAUGAUGUAUUGAUCGGUGGUCUCUACCCAGACCAAAAGGCUCAGUGGGACUAUGGGCUGAGGGCUUACACCCUUGAGCUGGCCUUCCCGGUAACGAUGGCGAAUGCGGUGUUGAAGAGAGCGAGAGGGCUAUUUGAUGAGGAGUUGAAGAGGGGGAUUAUCAUGACGAGUACGUAUAGGAGCGGGAUUAAUAUCAAGUUCGGUCGGCACUAUUUUGACUUUCUUGGGCAGCAGACAUACAACACUUCUGACGGGGUGGAUUGGUCAAAGGGGACGAUCAUGUUUGACUUUCCCUCGUACCGACCGAGUGUUGGCGAUGAGAAGAGGUUUAACGAGCCGUUUUUAUCUGGCCCGGUUCAAAGCUGUGAGGCAAAGUUUGAUCCGAAUGGUAUCUACCGGAAUGUGAUUGGCGAGAUUUUGGAGAUGUAUUGA